AUGGGCCAAAUGAACCCGGAAGAAUGGACGCAGCAGGCCUUAAUAGAUAGCGCCGAUGCAGUCUGGGGAUGUGACACGAUCGAGAAGGCGAACUCGUUCAUUGCCUCCCUCCCCACUCCGAUGUGCCUGCCUAAUUAUGUUGCGGGCAAACUUGGCUUACCGGUUUUGGAUGCAACAGCAACAUUCAUCGAUUCUUAUGAGCCCAAAACCGGCAAACUCCUCUACAGACUUCCACGUGCACAAGAGAAGGAUGUCGAGGAUGCGAUUCGCCAUGCCAGGGCCGCGUUCCAGACCUGGAGCAAAACCACACGCAGCGAGAGAUCCGUCUAUCUUCGCCGCAUCAGCGAGCUGCUCCAGGAGAACCGCGAGCUGUUUGCCGUAUGGGAAAGCAUCGACCAGGGAAAGACGCUCGAGCGUGCAAGAAUCGAAGUAGACCGGGCCAUUUCGAACUUCUCAUAUUUCUCAACAUACAUUAUCCAUGAGCAAACAGCUGCGCGAAUGGUUGAUGGGGUGGCCCUCACAUACGAGCAUCGAUCACCAGCCGGCGUUUUUGCAUUGAUCUCGCCUUGGAAUAUGCCCUUGUACCUUCUCACCUGGAAAAUUGCGCCUUGUAUUGCAUUCGGGUGUACGGCGGUGGCAAAACCAAGUGAGAUCACGAGCAUGUCUGCAUAUCUACUGGGAAUACUAUUCCAGAAAGCCAAACUGCCCGCUGGUGUCGUCAACAUUGUCCUAGGAGACGGGCCGACUACGGGGGCAGCACUUGUUGCAUCGCCGUUGGUUGACGGCGUCUCGUUCACCGGAGGUACCCAAACCGGCAUCGCCAUUCGUCGUGCCACCGCCCAUCAAAUCAGAAAACACCUGUCCCUUGAGCUCGGGGGCAAGAAUCCGACCUUGGUGUUUGCCGACUCCAUGACCCCAGCAACGCGAGAACGCACCAUCCGGAUCGCAGCCACCGCAGCCUUUGAAAACCAGGGCGAGAUCUGCCUCUGCGGAUCUCGCAUCUACGUCGAGCGCGCGGCUUACGAAGAGUUUCUCGCCCUUUUUACCGAGUAUGUCACCAAGAAGUAUGUUCUCCGAGAAACGAUGGGUGCCGUGGCCAGUGCACAACACUACAGCAAGAUUCGAGGCUAUCUACAAUUGGCGGCCGACGAGAAAGCCACGUUUAGUUUGGGGAGUUUCCCUCCUUCAGUGGAAGAAGGCGGCACGCAGGGGUACUGGGUCUCGCCCACCAUUUUGACGGAUGUGGCGCCGGACUCGGUGCUGUUGAAGGACGAGAUCUUUGGGCCCGUCGUGACCGUCUGCCCGUUCGACGACGAGGCGGAUGCGAUCCGUCUUGCGAACGACAGUGAGUACGGCCUUGCAGCCGUCCUAUUGACCACUGACGGGGCGAGGAUGAGGCGUGUUGGGGAGCAGAUCGAGGCGGGCUUGGUGUGGGUGAAUUGCUGGCUGGUUAGGGACCUCGGCACACCCUUUGGCGGGAUGAAGAAUAGCGGCACCGGCAGGGAGGGCGGCGAGUACUCGAGGGAGGUGUUUACUGUAGCGAGGACGCUGCAUUUGCCGGCGUAUUAA